CAGCCAAUCAGCGGCUGUCGGGGACACAUGAACGGGUGAUAAUAUAUCCACUGAACAAGCUGCAGGCAGGAGGAACAAAGAAAGAAAGCCGCCCGUUCCCUCUUUACCGUUUUCCCCCUAAAACAAACUGCGUUCAGCCAUUUUUUUUGCCGCUGUUUUUAACACUUUCCCAACAUUUUGGGGUUUUGCGUCGAGCACUCGGUUUCUCUGAGGAGAGACGAAGUCGUGAGGGGGUUUUCUUCUGUCUCGGGUCGCUUUUCUUGGAGGUUCGCCUGGAUGCGUUCGUUGGAAGGAUACCUAUGGUUUUUGGUGCCCUCAGGCUGAAAACCGCAUCUGUCUAGCAGCAUCUUUCCACACUGGUCAUGCAGCAUCUCUGUACGCCCAUGAGGUAACGUCCGGACCUACUGGCCCCUCAUCACCACCCUUUGUCCCUCCCCUCUGUCUCAUCCUCCCUUGGAUCCCCUAAGCCAUGGGCCAAAAGAUCUCUGGCAGCAUCAAGUCAGUGGAUGUACGUGGGGAGCCCUCAUUUCGCCCAGUGCGUCGCGAACUACGUGGUCCAGAUUUUUGUCGGCCCCCCAGACUAGAUUUAUUGCUCGACAUGCCGCCAGCAAACCCUGAGACACAACUUCGCCACGCCUGGAACUCUGACGACCGAUCGCUCAAUGUCUUCGUCAAGGAGGACGACAAGCUGACAUUUCACAGGCACCCUGUCGCUCAGAGCACAGACUGCAUUCGAGGGAGGAUAGGCUACACCAGGGGCCUUCAUGUGUGGAGGAUUCACUGGCCAGCCAGACAGAGAGGCACUCAUGCUGUAGUAGGGGUGGCUACUGCUGAAGCAGCUUUACACUCGGUGGGUUACACGGCCCUUGUGGGCUCAGACGCUGAAUCCUGGGGGUGGGACCUUGGCCGGAACAGACUUUACCACGAUGGAAAGAACAGACCUGGUAACUCUUUGGCCCCCACAUACCCCAGUUUCCUGGAGCCAGACGAGUCGUUUGUACUCCCAGACUGCCUGACAGUAAUAUUGGACAUGGACGAAGGGACACUGAGUUUUAUGGUGGAUGGACAAUAUCUGGGAGUGGCCUUCAGGGGGCUAAAAGGAAAGAAACUGUAUCCCAUCGUCAGUGCAGUCUGGGGGCACUGUGAAGUGUCAAUCCGCUACGUCAAUGGACUUGAUCCGGAGCCCCUCCCCCUCAUGGAUCUGUGCAGGCGAGUAGCUCGGCUCGCUCUGGGUCGGGAACGCAUCCAUCACAUCGAGACGCUUCCACUGCCCCAGACCCUGAAAAACUACCUCCAGUACCAGUGACUGCCCUCCUUCACAUGCACACACAGAGAUCCAGGCGGGGCAACGCUGAGGCCUGCUUGUUGCCUCCUGCUGAUGUAACACAGCAAAGUUGACCAUAAAUAGGCGGUUCGGAGUGCAGUGAGUGGGGGAUUGUUUACACCUUUAGGAAGUUUUCGGUUUGGAUGUUAUCGCUUGGUUUUAACCUUUUUUUAAUGGUUAUAUUCUGACUUUUUUCCCUUAGAUGUUAUUAAAGGUGCUGAUGAGAUGAUUUGAUUAGCAUCAAGCUAAAAUGAAGACACACAGUCAAACCACAUGUCUAGCCACAGUCAGAACGGCCUUACACACUGUGGUUUCCACAAACGCUAUGCUCUGCAUAGACUCUGCUGAGGAAGCUUCCUCAGACAUGUUGGUGUUUAUGUUUGUGUUCCCAACAGCACAGCAGGCUCCUGUGGGGACACAACACUCCCAAGAGAGAGUGUCCUCACACACAUACACUGUUCUAUUUUUGUUCGUGCGCACACACAGAUAUAUACCUAUACAAUGAAUGGAAACAUAGCAUGCACUGUCUGUAGCAAGAACACACAACGGUGUAGAAAGCAGCACCUCCAAACUGGUUUGAAUGUUUGAAAUCUUCUCUCUCUCCUGUCAGCUCAUCUCUCAGUGCAUCUCUAUCACUUCCUCCAGUUUGACAUUUCCUCUGCCAGGUUCAUUGAACUAGGACUGCAGACACAGUUAUCCUGCUCUUAAGCAGAAGAUGAAGCUGUAUCUUCGGCUGCUAACGUGCCUGCUCCACUACGGCAAGCAUUCAUAUAAAAAGCACACUACAUUCUGUCACAACGUUGGAAAUGCUGCUUUUUUUUUUAACCCAUACAUUUCAUUGUCUUACUGUUAGUUUUUAUCUCUGAUUUACAAUUUGAAAUUUCUUUUUAAUGAAUUUUGAAAUAUGUCUGUGGGACAUAUCUCGUAUGCACAGAUUUGAAGAAUGUGCUGCCACGAAAAUCUUUUUAAAUGUGAAUAAAAAAUAAACUCUGCUAAAAAAAACCAA